AUGGUGGUCUGCGAAGUCGUGCGCUUGAGGAAUGCAAGCCCAUGCACCUUUGAAAUUCAGGCCGAGGACAUUUUCCACAGUUCGCCGACAAUCGGUGGGCUUCCCGUCAAAGAGGAGUACUUCGAGGUUCCCCCCGGCUUCGACGCAGAAGCAGAUGGCCUGGUGGUGCCCUGGUUCCUGACCUCCAUUGACGGCUUGGUCAUUCGAGAGGCGGAAAGUGGUUGCAUCCUCCGCUGUUCGGUUGGGCCCAAGGUGGACAACUCAAACAACAGUGACUGGCUGCAGCUCCACUGCCUGGACUGGGACCCGGUGAACGAGGAGAGCUGGCUGGAGCUGGGGCAGCGGCACUUCGUCGGAGCCAUCGGGCACUCUGUCCAGCUGCAGCUCACAUUUCGGCAGCCCCGCCUGCUGUGUCCUGGGAUGCUUCCAGGAGCCAGCCUGGGCCAUGGGGCCAAAGACGUGCCGACAGAUCAGAUGCAGCAGACGCAGUCAGUGCAGGGGCCCAUCGAAGCCUCUACACUCGCCACCUGGCUGUCUUUCGCAUCCGAGGUGGAGUCUGCACCUGCUUGUACCGUUUUCCUGAACGUGUAUGACUUGGCUCCCGUCACGUCUGUCGUGAACUCCUUCCUUUGCAACACCAUGGUGAAGACCUUCGGUGCUUUCCAUGCCACCAUUGAGAUCUAUGGACAGGAAUGGGGUUUUUACCGGCAAGCAGAUCCGGAGCAAUGCGGCGUGUGCAGGAGCCUUCAGCCUCGGCAGCAUCCCAUUCACGUCUACCGGCAGUCCGUGAACUUGGGGCAGACGCGGCUCACGGAGGCGCAGACCUAUCGCUUGGUGCGCAGUGAGGUGGCCAAGCUUUGGCCCAGCAAGAGGUAUGACCUCAUCCACUGCAAUUGCAUUCACUUCUGCGAGGACCUAGCCCAACGUUUGGGGGCCAAGCCAGUGCCUGGAUGGGUCCGAGGGCUUCAUGAGACCGGAGCCGCCGCUGCCUCGCUGGUUCGGGGCGCCUCGGCGAUGGGGCGGCUGCUCCUCGGGAGACAGCAAGGUGGCAGUGAUCCGCUUCAGGGGCAGCUCGCAGAUGAGACGCAGGAUUUUCUCCGCGCUCACCCGGAGGCCACAGCAUCCGGCGCUUGA